CCCGGUACAGCUGCGUUCUUCCGGUAUAGACAGAUAGACAGAGACCCUAAUUCGUGUAUAUUAAAUGUAGUAGGCCUAUUUCAAACAAAUGUCUUGACGGACCUGCAGAUGUCAAUUACAGGCCUUGGAAGUCUUUGUCAGGCUCGUCUGAAAACAUUAUAAAAUCACCAGGUCUGCCUUUAUUUCAUAAAGGAGCAACAACGGUCCAACCGUGUACAGCCGAAGACGCUCGCUGACAGACCCUAUUCGAGAAAAGAGCCUGGUUGACUGGGAUAAUCUGUUGGGAGUACAGUAGGCAGUCUAUGUUUUGGAAGGCUUAGAAGAUGGUCAAUGUCACCAAGGGGAUCCUGGUAGAAUGUGAUCCAGCCAUGAAGCAAUUCCUUCUCCAUUUGGAUGAAACUGAUGCAUUUAGGACCAAGUUUGUUCUGCAAGACCUGGAUGAGACACACCUCUUCAUAUCUGCUGACAUCCUUGAUACACUUCAAAACAGAAUUGAUGACAUUAUGGACAGACUAUCAUUUCCUCUUGUAGAAAAAUAAACUUCAACAGAAGCAUAUUUCCAAUAAUUCUGUAUUUGAUAUGCUUGGUUUAUGUUAAUAAUUGAUGAUAAUUCAUGAGAUUUGACAAAUAAAAUCAUGGGUAUGCCCUGGCAGUGGAAAGUUUGUAAGAGGAGACUUGUGAUGGAUUGUGCUUUAUUUGAGGACGGAAACCAGAUGUGUUACUAUCCAUCCAAACAUGUCAACCUAGUGAAGGAGGAGGCAAGAAAUGGAAAUCCGGAGUUUUUGUGUCAGUUGGCCAAUUGUGGGAGGACAUUUAGUUCCCAUGCAAGCUAUGAAAGCCACUAUGGCUUGGUACACAGCCGUGUUUGCGAGACAUGCAGAAAAAAUUUCCCCACCAAUCAUCUGCUUGACCUACAUAUCCUGGAGUGGCAUGAUUCAAUGUUUGCACUGCUGUCCAAGAAGCAACCAAUGUUUCAAUGUUUGGUGGAGUCGUGUAAUUACAAAUUUUCUACAAGAAAAGAAAGAAAAAAUCAUGUCAUCAAGAGUCACAAAUACCCAAGUAACUACAGAUUUGAUCAAGACCAGAGGAAACAUACUGUUUGUAGUGAUGGCAGACAAUCGCUGGAGUUUUCAGGGGUGCCAGUGGACAUGACGGUGGAUAGAUCAGAUGCUAUGUCACUAGGGACAGAAGGAGUGAACAAAAUGGAAGUCGGGGAUACAUCCCAACAGAGGCGACAGUUUUCUUACAAAGUUCCAAAUAAUAUCUGCUUUGGACAAGGAACAAGCCGAGCAUUCCAGAGAUCACGAAGUAGAGGACGGGACAACAAAAAGGGGCAGCACUGGUACAACAAGAAUCAGAAAAACAUUGACACACAUGUGGACAUAGAGAAAAUGGAUUUACAGAGUCUCAAACAGGCUCUUACCUAAAUUUGGAUGGAUCAGUGAAAUUUGAUGUGUUUAGUUUGAAACAGGCAAUGUAAUCUAAAUUUGGAUGAAUCAAUAAAAUCUUGGAUGAAUCAAUAAAAUCUUGCAUAUUGAAUCUGAAA